AUGUCUUACUCAACCCUCGCAGUCAAAAUUCUCAACACCAUGUCCUCGGCUGGAGGCGGCGAAGCCAUCCUGCCCUCGAAACUGCAACAUCAUCCAACAGAGUCACCCGAGCUGCAGGCCAUUGGUAGUACCAUGGAGCCUGCGCAGAGACAAAGCGUGACGACGUCGUCAAACACAGAACAGCAACAGCAGCAGCAGCAGCAGCAAAAGCAAGAUUCAAAACAGGGCGUCACGUUUGCGAACCAGGACUCGCUGCCCAAGUUGCCGAUUCCGGAUCUUGAAAGUACAUGUCGAAAGUAUAUCGAAUCCUUGGUGCCGCUGCAGACACCCAGAGAGCACGAGGAAACCAAGGCUUCGGUGUACGACUUUCUCAAAUCUGAGGGGCCGGAGCUGCAGGAGAAGCUGAAAAAGUAUGCUUCGUACAAGACGAGCUAUAUUGAGCAGUUUUGGUAUGAUUCAUACUUGAAUUUUGACAACUCUGUCGUUCUGAAUCUGAACCCGUUCUUCCUGCUGGAAGAUGACCCAACUCCGGCACGAAACAACCAACUUACCCGGGCCUCCUCGCUCGUUUCGUCUGCUUUGUCCUUUGUCCGUGCAGUCCGCAGAGAGGAGCUGCCGCCGGACAAGGUCAAGGGGACGCCGCUGUGUAUGUUUCAGUAUUCGCGACUCUUUGGCACCGCGCGUGUGCCCACGGAGAAUGGAUGCAUUAUCGGGCAGAACCCGUCUGCGAAACAUAUUGUGGUCCUCUGCCGAGGUCAGUUUUACUGGUUUGACGUCCUUGAUGACCACAAUGAUAUCAUCAUGAGUGAGAAAGACAUCACUCUCAAUCUCCAAGUCAUCCUCGACGACGCCCAGCAGACCCCGAUCCAGGAAGCAGCCAAGGGCGCUCUCGGCAUUCUGAGCACAGAAAACCGCAAAGUCUGGUCCGGGCUACGAGACCUGCUGACCAAAGAAGAAGGCUCGAACAAUGCUGAGUGUUUGCACAUCGUCGACAGCGCCAUCUUCGUUCUCUGUCUCGACCACAUGGAGCCCACCAGCACGGCGGAGCUGUGCGGCAACAUGCUCUGCGGCACAAACGAAAUCGUGCGUGGCGUGCAGAUUGGAACGUGCAUAAAUCGGUGGUACGACAAACUGCAGAUUAUCGUGUGUCAGAACGGCAGUGCGGGCAUCAAUUUCGAGCACACGGGUGUUGACGGCCACACGGUGUUGCGCUUUGCCAGCGAUGUUUAUACCGAUACUAUCCUCCGCUACGCAAAGACGAUCAACGGGCAGGCGCCCUCGCUGUGGGCGUCGACAAGCCCAGACCCGUCCAAGCGCGAUCCUCGCAGCUUUGGAAACGUGAGCACGACGCCGCGCAAGCUCCAGUGGGACAUGAUUCCCGAGCUUAGCAUUGCUCUCCGCUUCGCCGAGUCGCAUCUGGCAGAUCUGCUGCAUCAGCAUGAGUUUCAAGUGCUGGAUUUCUCGGGCUAUGGCAAGAAUUUUAUUACUUCCAUGGGCUUCUCGCCAGACGCGUUUGUCCAAAUGGCGUUUCAGGCGGCUUACUACGGGCUGUAUGGCCGUGUGGAAAACACAUACGAACCGGCCAUGACCAAGAUGUAUCUGCACGGGCGCACCGAAGCUCUACGGCCCGUGACAAAGGAGUCGGUUGACUUUGUCAAGACGUUUUGGGGCGACAACCCCAUUGAGCAAAAAGUCGAUGCUCUGCGCAAGGCCACUAAUAGACAUGUCGCCAUGACCAAGGAGUGCUCGAAAGCACAGGGUCAGGAUCGACACUUGUAUGCGCUGUACUGCGUCUGGCAGCGGUCCUUUGACGAAGACUCGUCGUCUACCACCACGAACGGCGCUGCCUCUCCUUCCUCGAAUAGUGUCGUAGCCGACGGUGACUCCAUUAGCAGCGCGCUCUCCUCCUCGCCCAUCCCAUCUGACGACGGCGCCUAUACAGCAAGCAUGGCCAGCAACACGAGCAACAACAGCAGCAGCCCACGCUUCCGCACCAUUCCUUCCACGCCAGCCAUUUUCAACGACAACGGCUGGGACAAGAUCAACAACACCGUCCUCUCCACCUCCAACUGCGGCAACCCGGCCCUGCGCCAUUUCGGGUUUGGUCCAACCUCUGGCGACGGGUUCGGUAUUGGGUACAUUAUCAAGGACGACUCCAUCUCCAUCUGCGCAUCUUCCAAACACCGCCAGACUUCGCGCCUGAUGGACACGCUCGAGUCGUAUUUGCUCGAGAUUCGCAAGUUACUGCGCACAAUCAGCCGCAAGACAACCGCGACUAGUCCGCGCACGAGCCGCGCGAGGGAGAUGGAGAUGCUUUCGGAGAGGUUGGAUAAUAGGCGUGGCAGGUUGAUUAGGCAGGAUACGAGCCAUCAUGGGCGUACUGCUGGUGUUGGGAAUGGUGCAGAUACGCCGACGACGGAUAGUGGCGAGGUUGAGGAUGAUGGGAUGGGUGGUUACGGCUUCUUUGACGCUGGAAUGCUACUGCACGCGCUCAAAGGCGUGCAGGCUGAUCGAGACCGUGUCGAGAAGCCUGCGCGCCGGCGGCCGGUGGGGAAGAAACUGCAGUUGGCCGAGUACUGA